UACACAGCAGCAGCAACAGUGUGGUGCUCUGGGUCUCCAGCUCUGCCUAGCAGACAAAUCUCCAGCUCGCUGAACAUCUGCAAGACAAAUUUUUCAUGUUCUUCUGUAAAUGAAUGCUGCCUAACUGCACCAGGAAAAUGGGCACAGGGGAUUAUCUCUGCAUUGCUAUGAGCGGAGGGGCGCCUUGGGGCUUUAGAUUGCAAGGUGGCAAGGAGCAAAAGCAGCCUUUGCAAAUCGCCAAGGUUCGCAGCAAGAGCAAAGCAGCUAAGGCUGGACUGUGUGAGGGAGAUGAGGUGGUGUCUAUCAAUGGCAAGCCUUGUGGAGACUUAACCUAUGCUGAAGUUAUUGUUCUGAUGGAAAGCUUGACUGAUGCCCUGCAGAUGCUUAUCAAGAGAUCCUCCAAUGGAAUAAAUGAAACCUUGAGCAGUGAAAGAGAAAAUGGAAAACACGAUAACAUAAAAAAUGAGGACUAUAGGCAGAGUACUACACUGCAAAUUAACACAGCGAAAGAGAUACCCCGUGGAGAUUUAUGCAUCACAGAGAUAUACAGUGAGACUCACCAGGGAGCAGGAGAAAGCAACAAACACUUUUCUGAAACGAAACAAGAGACCACACAAAGCCACAGAAUUACUCCUAAAGUGAUAGGCACCUCCAAAGUGCUUGUGACAGAUGAAGCUGCUUUCAGAGGGAAGACAGAAGAAAGAAGGCCAGGUACUAUGGUUGAGCUGCAGUUGUCCCUCUCAAAUGAUGCACACAAGGGCACCAAUCCUCCUGCUGUGACUCUCUUAGGGGCAGAAAAAUGCACCCCUUCAGGAAGAGCACCCAGUGUACAAGAAGUUGGGACUAGCCCUGUAAUUGCAAUUCCCCUGGGAGUGAAAGAGGGCAACAUCCAGUGGUCAAGCAAAGUAGUCCAGUUUUCUAGUGGCAAAGAGGUCAAGAGGAUCCAAGGUGCAGCUCCAUCUCUCCCCAGGGUAGAGGUGAUCCUAGACUGUUCGGACAGGGAGAAGGAAGCACCCAGGUCCCUAGCUGAAAGGGGGUGUGUUGAUUCUCAAGUGGAAGGAGGGCAGUCGGAAGCACCUCCUUCCCUUCUCUCCUUUGCAAUCUCAUCAGAAGGCACGGAGCAGGGAGAAGACGACCAGCACUCGGAAAGGGAUCACAGACCUCUCAAGCACAGGGCGAGGCACGCAAGGCUCCGGCGAAGUGAGAGUCUGUCAGAGAAGCAGGUCAAAGAAGCCAAAUCUAAAUGUAAAAGUAUUGCAUUGCUGCUGACAGCAGCUCCCAAUCCCAAUUCCAAGGGGGUGUUGAUGUUCAAGAAGCGUCGUCAAAGGGCGAGGAAAUAUACUCUAGUCAGCUACGGUACUGGGGAGUUAGAACGUGACGAAGACGAGGGAGAAGAAGGUGAAGGUGAAGAGGGGGACAAAGAAAACACUUUUGAAGUGAGUUUGCUUGCAACAAGUGAGUCAGAAAUAGAUGAAGAUUUCUUCUCUGACAUUGACAACGACGGUAAGAUUGUGACGUUUGACUGGGACAGUGGUCUACUUGAGGUUGAAAAGAAGACAAAAAGUGGAGACGAGAUGCAGACGCUUCCAGAGAGUACAGGUAAAGGGGCCCUCAUGUUUGCCAAGAGGCGGCAGAGGAUGGAUCAGAUCACAGCUGAGCAAGAGGAGAUGAAGGCACGCACAGUGCAUACAGAAGAACGAAGGGAAGCCACCAUGUCAGAGAGCUUCCAGAAAGUAAGCUCUUCAGUCUAUCAAGCAAAAGAGGAAGAAAUGUCAAGACAGCAGACCUGCGUGAGCAAAAGCUACACAGACGUGAGCCAGAAUCGUAGCAAAAUGGUACAACAAAAUGGCUUUGGCUUAGCACCGGACACAAACCUCCCUUUUCAGUCCUCUGAAGCUCAAAAAGCAGCAUCUUUGAAUAAAACUGCUAAACCCUUCCCUUCUGGGGUUCACAACCGAGCAGCUGCACCAUUUUCACCCACAAGAAAUGUCACUAGUCCUCUUUCAGAUAUACCAGCACCACCUCCUUACUGCUCUAUCAGCCCACCACCUGAGGCUUUAUACAGACCUGUUUCAGCUCCUGUAGCCAGCAGAGCCGCCCCAACUGUGUGGUCACCCACCGAGCCAACAGAACACAUAGCAUCCAGAGACGAAAGGAUUGCGGUGCCAGCCAAAAGAACUGGGAUACUGCAAGAGGCAAAGAGAAGAGGCACUUCAAAACCUAUGUUCACUUUCAAAGAAACACCCAAAGUAAGUCCUAAUCCUGCCCUGUUGUCCCUUGUACACAAUGCAGAGGGAAAAAAAGGUACUGGAGCUGGUUUUGAGUCAGGACCUGAAGAAGACUACCUCAGUUUGGGAGCAGAAGCUUGCAAUUUCAUGCAGACUCAAGCAUCUAAACAAAAAGCCCCUCCUCCUGUUGCUCCAAAGCCUUCACUCAAGGUCUCUCCUACUGCUGAUACUCCAGUUUCACCAGUUUGGUCACCUUCAGCUGUGGCUUCUAACAAGGCUCCUUCUUUCCCAGCACCAGCCUCACCUCAGGCAGCAUAUCCUGCACCACUCAAAUCUCCACAGUAUCCUCAUUCUCCUGCCCAUCCCCCAAGUACUCUCAACCUAGCUGGUCCUUUCAAAGGGCCUCAGGCAACCCUAGCGAGUCCAAACCAUACACCCAAGACAACACCAGUCACACCAAGUGCUGGAGGAACAAAGCCACGCUUUGAGAUGCCACCAGCUAUGAGUGGAAAAGGAGCACAGUUAUUUGCCAAAAGGCACUCUCGAAUGGAGAAGUAUGUGGUAGAUUCAGAGACUGUGCAGGCAAACAUGGCACGAGCCUCAUCUCCGACUCCAUCUUUACCAGCUUCUUGGAAAUAUUCAUCUAAUGUCCGAGCACCUCCACCUGUUGCUUAUAAUCCCAUCCACUGCCCAUCUUAUCCUCCUGCUGCUACCAAGCCUUCCUCUAAGUCCACCGCUGCUACCAAAAAUACAAAAAGAAAACCUAAGAAAGGUCUCAAUGCUUUGGAUAUUAUGAAACAUCAACCUUACCAACUCGAUGCAUCUUUAUUUACUUUUCAACCUCCUAGUACUAAGGAAAGCUUUGCUAUUAAGCAGACAUCAAAGUUGUCCACUUCAAAGCAAGCUCUACCUUUAAGACCGCCAAGUGCUGGCUCUCCUACUAAUGUCCGGGCAUCUUCAGUGUACUCCGUGCCAGCCUACAGUUCACAACCUUCGUUCCAGUCAAAUGCCUCUAUCCCAGUAAAUGAAUCAUGUUCACCUACAGGCUACUCUGCAUUUUCUAAGCCAGAAACCACCACAUCCUCUUUGUUUACUGCUCCGAGGCCAAAAUUUUCAGCAAAGAAAGCUGGCGUCACUGCACAGGAAAGAAGCAGUGGACGCUCGUUAUCACUUCCUGGGAGACCUUCUUCAUUCAUUUCUCGAGCCAUGUCUCCUACUUCUCCUCUUAUAUUUCAGCCUGCCCCCGAUUACUUCAGCAAGGCAGACACAGCAGCUGACAGGCCUGGCAAGAGACUGACUCCCUGGGAAGCAGCGGCAAGAUCCCCUCUUGGCCUAGUGGAUGAAGCUUUUGGGCCCCAAAAUAUGCAGGAAUCCAUUGCUGCUAACGUAGUAUCAGCUGCUCGCAGGAAAACACUUCCUGAGCCACCAGAUGAAUGGAAACAAAAAGUUUCUUACGAGCCUCCAGCCCCAAGUGGUAGUGUAGCCUUAUUAGGAGGGAAGCAAUCGGGUAUUGUACCACCCCCCAAAAGUUCCCUCUCUGCCCCAAGUGCCACCACACAGGCUGGCUCUCAGCUGCAGUAUGCCUACUGCAGUCAACGGUCCAGAACAGAUCCUGAUAUAAUGUCCAUGGAUUCCAGGUCUGACUAUUGCUUGUCAACAGCUGAUUCAAACUACAAUCCACAGCCAAGGGGAUGGAGGCGUCCAACAUGAGCGCUGAAGGGCCUGGCAUAUUUUCCCUUCUUCCAGCUUUACAAGCCUUAGAUUUGAGUUGGAGAAGGAAAGUUUCUUGCUGGCCCGAUGAUCUCUGAACUAAAGAAAUGAGGAGGCAAAAUUGAAUGGAGCACAGUUUUCACAUGACUGCAGGGCUAGCAGCCUCUAGAAUAGACUUAGUUUUACACCUAACCUAAGAUUGUUCUGUUCAUCAAAAGGCAAAAAUACACAUUUCUUGGGGGGAGGGGUGCGAUUAAAGUGGGGCAACCAAUGUGCUCGAUACAAAAAUCUAGAAAGUAUGUAGAUGGAGACAGUACAAGUGCUUGCAGUUAAGUUAAUGUGAAAAAAAAAAAAAGGUAAAUAUGGGCAUUUUAAAGGCAAGAAGUAUUUUACAGGAUCUUGUAGAUUUUCUGGGUAUGUUUGACAUCUGAGUUCCAAGGUACUAGAUAUAACCAGACUUGGCAAAGUUCCAAUGGAAGUGGAAUACUUGGAAGCGCUGGCUUAUUUGCCAUAUGUUUUCUUUACUGCAUUUUUAAAAUGAGCUAAGAAAGUAAAUCGAUGAGUAUUUUUACUGUGGCAACAGUUAAAAUGCAUCUGUGGUCAUGGUACCUGAAUCCCUACAACACGUAGAUAUAUGCGAUGGAUUUCAAGACAGUUUCGAUGAAGUUUUAUGUAUUGUAAUUAACCAAAUCAUCUGAACACAACAGGAAGAAAGGUGUUAUUAAUAGAGAUCAGUACCAUGAUACCUGAACAACAAAAAGGAUGAAGAAAGUAUUUAGAGUGUAUUUAAACUGGAUUGCAAGUUCAUUUUGUAAUAAACUAUCGAACAAGUCAGAGGCUGAACAGCCUUUGUUUCUCUGUGAAAUGCACUACUUGCUGAACAUUAACUGCUAGAGUGUCUGGUAAUCUGACUGGCUGAGCAGUUAUUCUUAGUAUCUAGGUAGCUCAAUGUUUAGAAAGCUUUUGAUUUGUAUUCUCAGUUUGGAAGACAUAGAUAAGUUGUUUAUCAAGAACAAUACCUGUUCUACAUAGAAAUUGGUAUGUGAAAGAGGGUUUAUGACAUGUGUUACACGGUAUGAGUCUAGUACAAGUAGCAUAUAUUUGGAUGGUUGGUUACAAUUAAACUAUCUUGAUGGAUCUGAAGAGAUGGUAAAUAAUUUUUGCUGGUGAUACAUAUCUUGCAUUUACAGCUUAUUUAAACAAUAGAAAUAUGUGGCUAAAAAUAUAUGUAUUCCAAGCUUAUUGGGUAGGUUAGAUGUUGCUAAAGCAUUAAAUGAAUACCCCAAGUAUUACAAAGUGCUCUGCAUCCUCCUCAUUUUGUGGGGCAUUCUUCAAGGAUCUGUCAAGCACAGUCAACUAAAAAUUACUGCAGAAGCACUGUUAACUAUCCUUAGUUUCAGUAAGGUUGUCAACUGUGAGUAAAGUGAUUAGAUUAGAAAGAACUAAAACAUAUAUGCAGUAAGAAAGAACAUAUUACAAAACAUUCCCAUCUGCAAAGAAUUUUCCAUUAUAGCAAUUAUAUGAUAUAAUUCAUAUAAAGGAAAGAGGAAAAUUAAACCCAAGCUGGAACUUCCAGUAAGAGCAAAUAAUUACAUGAAAAAUAUACCUUUAAUGAGUUUAAGUUGGCAGUAAUUCUCUAGUCAAACAGAAGUCUCCCUGAAAUCAACUGAUCCUUUUGACCAAGCAGGAAAUGAAGACACAGGAGUUGUAAACCUUUAAACUAGGAUCAUAUUGCUAUAGCACCUUACAAAUUUAUUUCACAAAAUAUGAAUUUGCAAAGAAAAGAUGAUUUAGAGAAAUUGCAUGAACAAGGCUGCCAUGAUAUGCCUGAAAAUGAGCUUUGCACCUCAGAGUCAUCCACACACAUAAUCAGAGUAAAUUUUCCUGCCACACAGGUGAAAAAUACAUUCUUCUCUGCAGAGUCCCAUAAUCUCCCCUCUUAUCAUGCCUGGGAAUAUUUCCACUGAAACCAAUGGGACUGUGGUGGUCCCCUUAAGGGCUUGUCUUUGGAUCCAGGCCUAUCUCCCUGGAAGUACAUGUCAAGUUUUCACUUAAUUUCAGUGAAAUUAUAAUUCAAAGUGAAAUUAAGUGAAAUUUAUAAUUCAGAGUCAUCAAGGCCUUAACUAUUCAAUAAAUACUAAUGCGCGUGUAUUUCACAGAAGGCCUACAUUCUGAAAAUUACAUAAUACUUACAUAUUUUGCUGAACUGUGGUCCAUAUUACAAUGUUUCCCUGUAUCCAAGUGAAGUUCGGGUUUCUGUUUUGAACUGUAUCCUUUACACUGUUAAACAGGAAACCAGAUUAAUGAGUUUGCAGCAAGGCAUAUUUUUACCCAAUACAAUUAUUUUAAUUCUCAGAGUCAGAUACCUAACUUGAAUUCUCAUUGAAACUAAUGUUGUAAUUCUAAGGUAAUACAUCUACCAGAAGGAAAUGUGUGCUUAAUGUUAAGGCACGUGCAAUUAAAAAUUGCCAAAAGGAUUUUUAAAUUUUGAUAUGACAAAAAAAGUUAUGAUACAGAGUGAUAUUAAAAAGGCUUUAAUGCUGUGAUCACAUAGGAAUACAGAAAAACAUACUCUACGAUCAAGCUCUAACACCCCCACACCCCCCAAAAUGUAACAAACAUGUAAGAAUGGCAGAAUCAGAGAGUUUCAGACAGAAUCACUGACUUUCUGUCAAUGUCCAAGGAAAACAAAGUGUAGCCUUAUAAUUUUCUUCUCUUCACAAGAAGGAAUUCAUCAUUAAGUACUUCUGUGAACUUAAGAAUUACUGAUGUUGAGUUUCAUGUGGCUUUGUAUCUUAUCGUAGAUAAACUUGUGUGUUUAACAUGAUCUGCUACAGAUUUUUUCUUCCUCCUGCUGAGGAUUUACUAGCUCUCUUUCCCAUAUGGAUUCUCUCAUAUCUAAUAAGGAAUGAGUUCACACUGCAGCAUUUCCCUCAAUAGCAACGCUGGUAAGCAUAUCUGUCCUCCACCCAGCCAUCUAUUUUUACAAAGUCUGUGGGCAAUGGAUUGUCUCUGAGAUCUAUUCCACUGCCACACAGAAAUGAAACAUAUGAACAUUUUCAAAGUUAUUAAUGAGAGGACAUACACACAGGCAUGCAGACAGAUCACAUAGACUUGUUUACAAAGGAAAUCAGGCUAAAACCAGAUUGAGACAAUGUACUGAUUUUGAUGGAAGCAGCAGGCCCAGACUACUAAAUGAAAUAUCAAUGCAUACAAAGCUUUAUGAAGAACCACACAGCAUUUUUCACUUUCUGUUCUUCACCCUAUUCCUCCACUAGCAAAGCAUCUUUCUAUCGAAUAGUUGUGACUGUUGUGCGUGAGUUCUGAAUAUAUUAAUGCAAGUUUUUCUUACAUUUGUUUUUGAAUGCACAGAUCUGUUCAGUAAAUGUGAGGAAAAAAUUCUCUUGAGAUUUUAAAUACGUUGUUUUUGUGUUCACCCUCAGAGGUGUCUUUGUUAAUAUGCAGAGUAUUUGAAUACACAAUAUAACUGAAAAUUUAGUUUCUUUAGUUAAGUUAGAUGAUGAUGUUCACAACUCUUUUUCAUAAUUUGUUUUCAUUUUGGUUUCCUUUAACACAACCAAAUAUCUAUUCACAUUGCAUUUCUGCCUAGUAGCAAAAGACUGUAUUAUCUUUAUAAAAGGGUUUUCACUUCUAAAGACUUUUUGCUCACUGCAAAGGACACUUUAUUUGAGAGUGCAUGCCAGAGAUGUAAAUUGUAUCAUUUAAUAAAGUGAUUUGACUUGA